AACCAAAGCCCCAACCCCACAAGAGAGGUUCUAACGUUGUGAUCAUAAACAACGAACUCUACGCCACCAGUAAGGAUGUUGUAGGAGCUAAAGGAGGAUCUACCGCAGCCCACACGGGGCCCGAACCGGGGACCUACGCCAACCACGGCGCGCUUCAAGUACCUGACGUCGUCUACGCCAACACACCGCGUCACCCCGCCAAGGUCAAGGCCGAUGUUCCAGAGGAGAAUCUUUACGCCAAUAGCUCUCAAGUGACGAACAAACGAGGAAGUCAAAGCAUACCGGCCGUGAACUCUGACCCCAACAAAGGUCGCUCGGUGUCGAAGGACGGCCUGAUCUACGUCACCGUGGACAUCAAUCCAAUGACCAGCAAACCAGAAAUGUCGCGGGGCGUAGCACAGGAAGAGAGCAAGCAUGACCAGGUGGAUUACGCCUCUUUGGAUUUGCUCUCCAUGUCGGUCAAAAACGCGGAGCUAAAGAAAGAGGGCGGGGCUUCUGGGAAGGACUAAAUAGAAGAAAGAUGCGGGAUGUGUAGUAGUGUGGUGGACUUACGAGAAAGGAGGCGGAGUUACAAAAAGAAAGGGGUGGAGUUGACGGGCGGGAGUAAUUUGAAGUUACAGGACGUGUGAUGGUGGACUUGUCAGGGAAGGAGGCGGGGCGGUAUGAACUUGAAGCUAUAUACAGAAGGUGUAGCGAUGAACUUGUCAGUAAAAGAGGCGGAGCUACAGAAGAAGGGUGGAGUUUCUGGGUGGGACUAACUCAAAUAUACAUAAACAUGUAAAGGUGGACUUAUCAAGGAAGGAGGUGGAGAUACAGAAAGAAGGCGGCGCUUGUUGGCGGGACUAACUCGAAGAUACGUAUACAGGAGGUGUAGCGGUGAAUUUGUCAAUAAAGGAGGCGGAGCUACAGAUAUAGGGCGUGGUUUCUGGGCGCGACGAAGUUGAAGAUACAGGAUAAUUAUGUAUCAGCGCACCUGUCAGUACUGUCAGCAAAGGAGGCAGAGCUAAA